AUGAUCGACUCUACACCCAGAGGAGAAAAUGUCCAGCGAAAUAGUUUCCAAGAUAACGCCAAUUGGGCGGCAUUCGGCCUCGAUCCUAUAGCGGCUGCUAUGUCGAAUGUCAACCCAGAUGCCGAAGCACAACAAGAAGCAGAAUCCCCUGCUGAAGACAUCGAAAACUCAUUCAGCGCAUGGAUUUGCGUCCUGGGGGCAUUCCUAUGUCUAGUUCCCACCUUUGGCUUCAUGAACUCUCUCGGUACAGUCCAGACACAUCUAAGCAUGAACCAGCUCCACGAUUACAGUGAAGGCGAAGUAGGAUGGAUAAGUGGCCUAUUCCUCUUCCUUUCACUCAUAUUCAACGUCCAAGUUGGGCCAAUGGUUGAUGUCCACGGGCCCAACAUCAUCGGUCCAGUCGGCGCGGUUCUGUACGUAGCCAUGUUCCUCCUCAUGGCUGAAUGCCGCAACUACUGGCACUUCAUGCUAUGCUUGGGCGUAUUUGGAAGUAUCGGUGCUGCUAUGACAAUGGUUGUUGCCAUAGCCAUCGUAGCCAAACUCUUUGUCCGCAAGCGCGGUCUUGCUAUGGGCAUCACUCUCGCAGGAUCAUCCAUCGGAGCUGUCAUAUUCCCUAUUAUCCUGCGCUCUACAUACCCCCAGCUAGGCUGGCAGUGGUCGAUGCGUAUCAUGGCGUUCAUAUCCGCUGGCUUGUUGCUCCCAGCCAUGGCCUGCUUCAUCCCCUUUAACAAGAUGUACAAAAAGUCUUCGGGAGGACAGGCGAGCCCCAAGAGCUCUACACUCAACUUCACGGCCUUCAAGUCGCCUGCUUUCUGCUUCGUCACGGCUGGUAUCUUCAUGUUUGAGUUUGUCAUUUUCAGUAUAUCGGGUCUUUUGCCGUCCAUCUCCACACACGUCGGCUUCACUCCCGAGAACGGGUAUACUCUGCUCGCCAUUGUUGGAGCCGGCUCUACCUUUGGCCGAGUCAUCCCCGGGUUCAUCGGUGAUAAGUAUGGGCAUUUCAACAUACUCCUUGUCAGUGCGGUCUUCACUAUCAUCUUUAUGGGAGCAUUGCUUGUUCCCUUUGGUACAAAAUCAGCCACUGCUUUGUACGCCUGGUCUGCUAUUUGGGGAUUCGGGUCUGGGUCGUUUCUCUCCAUUACACCAGUAUGCAUGGGCAAAACAUGCGAAGCUAAAGACUAUGGAAGAUACUACGGCAUGAUGAACUUUGUUACAGCUUUUGCACUACUCGUCGCCCUCCCAAGCAGCGGUGCCAUGCUGGAGAACAUGGGACCUCAGGCCCUUGCCGGUUUGUUCACUGCUUUGACUGCUGUGGGAGGAGCUUGCAAUUUUGCUGCGCGAGCUCUCCUCGUAGGGGAAUGGCUGUCUCCAAAGACAAUUAUUUAG